AUGUCGGUUACCACACGCGCCAGAAUGAAGCCCAAUUCGAGCUUCGCCUCGAACCGAUUGACCAGAAACGACCCCAUUCCCGGAGGGCAUCUCCUCACGAGCUUUCGCACCCACGAGCGGAGCCUACCAGAAAGCUCGCGACCUGAACCGGCAACGGAUGACGAGCCCCUCAGCACUAGCGAAGACGAAGGUCACCCCCCCACCGAGCUGUCGGACGAUGAAUUGGGCGAGCCGAGUCGCUAUACGGUCCGAACUGGGCCUACAUUGAAGGAGAAACUUGCCAGGCGCUCACCUGAAGGCGAGGAGACGCCGCGGGCUUCCCGGCAAAGACCCGCGACCAAGAAGUCGAAGCCCGCCACCUCGGACCGCAAGAGGACGUUCGUGGACACGUUCAAUGGCGCAGAUCUAACAAGCGACGGGGAGGAUGCCCUCUUUUCGUCGCAACUUCGGUCAUCGCAGGGCUCCAAGCGACGGAAGCCCGCGGUCAGCUAUGGCUCGAGGAAAUCGUUCGGGACGGGCUCUACACCGAGCUGGACGUCUCCCGCGGCCUCGCAGUCCCCCUCGGCUGGUGCUCGGAACGGAAAGCUGAGAAAGAAUUCGACUGGCGCAAGUGAAUCUCGCAGUUCAAGGGAGGAGUUUAAGAUGCCGCGUGCCCUUGACUCUAGUCCGAAACCUGAAUUCAAAGCGCCUCCUCCCCUUCCUCCGACUGCCACUUCCUGCUCAUCGUUCGCUACUCCCUCCGCUCGUGACUUUGUCUCGUUAGAUCUCGAUGAUAGUGACUCGUUGUCCGACGGGGCGCUGAGCUCCGCAUCGUCAACCUUGCUGCAGGAGCUGUCUCGGUUCGACAAUCCCUCGCUCGACUCCGAUGACGAGAUGUACAACUCGGAGCCUUCUCUGUGUCCGUGGUGCAAAGAGCCUGUGCCUCGCGAGCUCCUCGAACACUUUCAAGCACAGCCACAGCAACGGAUGCGCGAACAACGACGAUUUUGUGAAUCCCACAAGAGUACAGCCGGCGUGAGAGAGUGGCAAGAGAAAGGCUAUCCGACCAUCGACUGGGACUUAUUUGAGGACCGGAUCAAGCCGCAUUUGGAGGGACUCGACUGGGUCUUGGAGCCGGGAAGCUCGUCAUUUUACAGAAACAUCUUGGACACCAAGCUCAAGGCUGGUGAAGCCAAGAACUUCAAGCUUGAUUUGCGCAGUGAUGGACUGGAGGAUAUUUCAUGCGGCUAUUAUGGAACGCGCGGUUCUUCCCUGAUGCUCGAAUGUAUUAUGGCACGGUAUGCUCGCAAACUGCGUCGCCUCGGCCCUCAGGACCAUAUUAUCAACACGGCAGGCGUCGCCGGGUAUGCACAGGCCGUUCUGGUCCCUGAAUUGGCGAUGAGGCUUGUCAAGGAGGACAUGCAGGUGGGUGACGAGCGGGCGAGACAGAUUCUACGCGACAGUAUGGAGCUCGGCGAAACUGUGAAUCCUGCAUUGAAUGACAAGAUCACGGUUGAGGAGCCAGAUGAAUCGAACGUGGAAGAGACAGCGUCUGUUUGA